AUGCUAGCAAUUGUUCGACGAAAUGACAAGGGUGUGUACACCGUGAGCGGAAGUAUCCUCAACGCGCCGCUGAGUUACGCUAAGCAGGGACCCAGAGGCAGUAACUAUUUCCUAGGCCGUACGUUGCGUGAUAUUAAAGGCCUAACCUAUCAAUUCUACCCGGAUGACGAUGUAACGCCGAAGGAUGUUGGGCCGCUGAUCAAGCACUGGUUGCGAAAAAACUUCGGCCCCGAGGGCUACGAACCGGCCAUCUUUCCGGGCAGGCAGCCAUACCGCAAGAUGAAAGGGGCGACUGGGGAAGGGAAUCGAACGUUUCCUGAUACAAAUUUUCUCGAACUUGAGCCAAGAACG